CCCAGGCAAACCGGGACGCAGUGAUCAGCCGAGCCCCAGACCAGCAGAAUGACCGAGCUGUCAGCCUCCAGGAUACUUCUGCAGUCUAUGACCUCCUCACCAUCACACUGGGCAGAAGAGGGCAGUAUGUCAUGCUUUCCGAGUGCUUGGAGAGAGCCAUGAAGUUUGCAUUUGAUGAAUUUCACCUCUGGUACCAGCUUGCCCUCUCCAUGGUGGCUUGUGGAAAGUCAGCAUAUGCUGUGUCAGUGCUCAAAGAGUGUGCUAAACUGCGACCUAUGGAUCCCACCGUUCCUCUUCUGGCUGCCAAGGUUUGCAUUGGGUCGCUGCACUGGCUGGAAGAAGGAGAAUACUUUGCUAAAAUCGUGAUAGACCUGGGUGAGGAUGCUGGAGAGUCCCUAGCAAAGGGUUACCUGGCACUGGGCCUGACAUACAGUCUUCAGGCUACUGAUGCUACUCUGAAGGGCACACAGGAUGAAUUAAACAAGAAAGCACUUCAGACUUUGGAGAGAGCACGUGACUUGGCCCCAGAAGAUCACCAAGUCAUCCUCUACCUGUCACUGCAGCUGGCUCUUGUCAGACAGAUUUCUGAUGCUAUAGAACACCUGCAGGAAGCACUGCAACUGUGCAAAGAUGACAUGAAUUCACUUCAUCUACUGGCCCUCCUCUUUUCAGCUCAGAAGCACUAUCAACAUGCACUGGAUGUUAUCAACAUGGCUGUUGUUGAAUACCCAGAAAGCUUUAGCUUACUCUUCACCAAAGUAAAACUGGAAUGGAUACAUAAAGGACCUGAAGAGGCUCUGGUGACAUGCAGACAUAUGUUGCAGAUGUGGCAGAUGGUAUAUAAUGUUUUACAGCACAGUGGCUCUGAGAAAGGAAGUAGCGUGACCGAAACACCGGUGAUCAAAAAGCAUAACGGACUGCAUCUCACACUCCCAGAUGCUCAUGAUACCGAUUCUGGAUCCCAGCGAGCCUCUUCCCUUGCCGCAUCAAGACUGGAACAGGCCAUGUCUGAAAUAACUAUGCAGAGCAGCGCAAUGAAGCAAGGACCUAUGCAGCUGUGGACAGCUCUUGAACAAAUUUGGCUACAAGCUGCUGAACUCUUCAUGGAACAACAGCAUCUCAAAGAAGCAGGCUUUUGUAUCCAGGAGGCAGCUAGUCUUUUCCCCACAUCUCAUGCUGUACUGUACAUGCGUGGGAGGCUUGCAGAGAUGAAAGGCAAUUUGGAGGAGGCUAGGCAAUUGUAUGAUGAAGCACUCACAGUGAAUCCAGCUGGAGUGGAAAUUAUGCACAGCCUGGUGAGUUUGCAGGAGCUCAGCUCCAUUAUAGUAUUUAUGUUCCUGAUUAACUGUAAUAAGGGAGGGGGCUCGUGCUUGCUUUGGAUGCCAUAUUCUUCCUAAUCCUGAGAGCAAAUUACUAUUCCAAGAAUAAAUUGGGUAGUUUGAACCUCUAUUUUAAGACUGGAUUGAAUGUUUUUAACUAACUAGGACUUGUGUCAAAAGUAAAUAUUUUAAUUGAC